CCUCCUUCACUCGUCGUCCACAAGCUGCUGGCAGCCUUGGAGAAAAGAACGGAAGCAAAACUGUGAAGCUUUUAGUUCAUUUUUUGCAUUGAACUACACAGCAGUUCCAGUGUCUAUCUUAAUGCUUUAGCGCUUCUUGGUCUGUUUGUUUUUUUCCUCCAGUUUUUGACUCCAUUGGCUUUUGCGCAGGGAAAACUGUGCGCGAAAAGUUUCCAUACGGAUACGAGAAAAUUUCCUGCCACGUUUUGAAGCAGCAUCGGUCAAUUUCACCAUGUUUUAAACAGUCGUCGUUGUAUUUUUGGGAGACUUUGUUGAAGAGAGUUUGCUGAUUUUUUGUGGGAGGUAUUUUCCAGUGUCCAGAAUGGUGCCGCAGCUGCUCAGCUUGGCCUGCUUCAUACUCUGCCUCCACUCUGUCAACGCAAAUGUACUAAAAGCUGAGGCAUGGUUGCAGCAGUAUGGCUACCUGCCUCCUGGUGAUGUCAGAGCCCAGGCCAUCCGCUCUCCCAAGUCUAUUGAAACAGCGAUCUCAGCCAUGCAGAGGUUUUACGGACUGACUGUCACUGGAACCAUAGAUACCAACACCAUAGAAGCCAUGAGUCGGCCGCGCUGUGGAGUCCCAGACAAGUUUGGUCCAGAGCUGAAAACUAACCUGAGGAGGAAGAGAUAUGCGAGGCAAGGUCUGAAGUGGGACAAGUCUGAGGUCACUUUCAGCAUAGAGAACUACACCCCCAAAGUGGGUGAAAGAGCCACAUAUGAGGCCAUCCGAAAGGCCUUCAAGGUGUGGGAGAACGCCAUCCCCCUCACCUUCAGAGAGAUCCCCUUCAGCCAAAUCAGGGGCAAAGUUGACAAGUAUGCAGACAUCAUGUUGUCCUUUGCCGACGGUUUUCACGGGGACAGCACGCCGUUUGAUGGAGAGGGUGGCUUCCUGGCACACGCUUACUUCCCUGGUAAUGGCAUCGGUGGAGACACACACUUUGACCUGGCUGAACCGUGGACCACAGGGAGAGUGGAUCAGGGAGGGAAUGAUGUGUUUCUGGUGGCGGUCCAUGAGCUCGGUCAUGCUCUGGGUCUGGAGCACUCAGACGACCCUUCAGCCAUCAUGGCUCCCUUCUAUCAGUGGUUCGAAACUGAAAACUUCCAGCUGCCGGACGAUGACCGCAGAGGCAUCCAGGCUAUCUAUGGUGUUAAAUCUGGAGUCCCCCCUCCUCCCCCUCGUCCCACAAGGCCGUCUAAGCCUGACAAGCCUGAUGAAGGCCCUGACAUCUGUGAGGGACACUUUGACACCAUCGCCAUCCUGAGAGGGGAGAAGUUUGUAUUUAAGGACAAGUGGUUUUGGCGUCUGCGUAAUGACAAGGUCUUACCCGGGUACCCCCGACCCACUGCUCAGUUUUGGAAAGGCCUUCCUUCAAACAUCAAUGCAGCUUAUGAGAGGAGCGAUGGAAAGUUUGUCUUCUUUAAGGGUGAUAAUUACUGGGUUUACAGUGAAGCCACCUUGGAUAAGGGUUACCCAAAGAGACUGAAAGAGCUUGGCCCUGACCUACCCAGAGACAAGAUUGAUGCUGCUCUCUUUUACACCCCAACAGGACAGACGUACUUCUUCAAGGGAACUCAAUACUACCGCUACAACGAGCAGACUCGCCAAGUGCAUACGGGCUAUCCAAAGCCCAUCAGCAAGUGGAGCGGAGCCCCAGAUAACAUUAAAGCCGCCUUCAUGAGUGAAGAUAGUUCUUACACCUACUUCUACAAGGCUAAUAAGUACUGGAAGUUCAACAACCAGCACAUGAAGGUGGAGUCUGGCUACCCCAAGUCGGUGCUGCGUGACUGGAUGGGCUGUGACAGCGAGGAGCCCAAGAAGGGUCGGACGGUGAUCAUCAUCGAAGAAACGGAGGGAGGAUCCUGGGUGGCGGGCGUGGUGAUUCCUCUUCUCCUGCUGGUGCUUGUGCUGCUCACGCUAGGAGCACUUUUGUUCUUCAGGAAGUACGGCACGCCCCGACGCCUCCUCUACUGUCAGAGAUCGCUGCUGGACAAGGUGUAGACGGACCGCCGGGUGACUGAGAGACAGACUGCACAGAUGGACAGAGUGAAAGACAGGAGGAUCAUGAAAAAACUUAGAAAGCAAAGAGGACUGAAACUUGAUGGUGAGAAGAGGAGAAAGAUGCAACUGUGGGAAAGAAUGACUGAGGGAGAGGGGGGAUUAAAGGGGGACAACAUGUUGGGAGGUUUGCAAGUGCCACAAAAAAAGCCCAUGAAACUGAAAUCAGGAAAUU